UAUGUAUAUGAACACCAACCAACUCAGUGUUCUGAGUUCAAUAUUGUUUAUGUUGAUCGAUUAACUUUAAACUUGCUCGACUAGACCGCCUGACGUCACCACGAAAUAGUCGCCAUAUUGAAUCUACUGAAGAUAGAAAAAGUCUACUCAACUAUUUGGAAACGGUGACAAUAUUAUUGCAUUUAAACUAUAAAAUACAGUAUGCCGCGAUCAAGAAGUAGGAGCAGAUCCCCUAGUACAUCUAGCAGUAGAGUAAAGCAUCGGAGUAAGCACAGGAAACGAAGAUCAAGAUCAAGAUCUCGAGACAGAAAACGGGACCGCGACAGGGGAUCAAAUUCAAAAGCAAGAUCACGAUCAAGAGACAGGGAUCGAAAGAAAAGGUCAAGACGUACCAGUUCAUCAAGCUCAUCUGAUAGUGAUACAGACAUAUUUGGACGUGCGAUGAGCAGACGCAUGGAGGAAAGGAGAAAAGAGGAGGAAGAAAGAAAGGCUGAGGUAGAAAGAUUAAGACUGCAGAGACAGAAGGAGAUGGAGGAACGAUUGAUUGAAGAGGAGGUAGCUAAGCGUGUUGAGGAACUUGUGGCUAAACGUGUGGAAGAAGAACUGGAGAAACGUAAAGAGGAAAUUGAGGCAGAAGUCUUACGUCGAGUUGAGGAGGCUAAACGCAUUAUGGAAAAGCAAAUGCUUGAAGAAAUGGAACAAAAGAGAGAAGCAGAGUUAGAAGCUCAAAGACAAAAAGAGGAUGAAGAGAAGCAACAGAGAGAGGCUUUGCAGGCCAUCAUGGAGGAAAACAACAAGAAGAUUAAAGAAGCUCAGGCGAGACUAGCUGAGGAGCAGUUGAAGUUAGUAGAGGAUCAGCGUAAGAUGUUGGAGGAAAGACAGAAAUUGGAGGAGGAACAAAGGAAACGAACCAAAGAGGAACAGCAAUUAAUUCUCAACAAGAAAAAUGCACGACCAAAACUGUCGUUCUCAUUUGGUGGAAAAUCAUGAUCUCGGAGCAAAUAAGAUAUUGUAACUCUUUCAUUGCUGUAGGCUUGUUUAAACGUGAUGGCCAUUUCCAUUGAGAAAAUCUAGCUUUGAAAGGGUUAAUUAUGUCCAAUCUCAGUGAAGAUGAUGUAAAUCUCACUCAGGUUCAGCAAGGUCAAUUAUGACCAUAAAUGGUCAUCUCGAAAGGCCAUAUUAAAGUUAGAUGGCCUUAUAAGGCUAGAGUGUUGUAUGUACCUGCACAUGUAGGGAAAUUAGGAAAUCCAGGACAAUCUGACGUAUGAGAAAAGACACCAAGUGUUUAUUUUUCAGGCACCUGAAUCCAUACACAUAUUUCUGCUACUACUGCAUCCAAGGAAAAUUAAUGACCAUUGUAAACUGUACAUCCAUAUCAUAACCAGAAGUCACUACUAGUACAUAAAGCCUUGUUUAGCACUCGCAACACAGUAAUAAAUUCAAAUAGGAUGAUCAGAAAUGGAACUUGACCUUACCUAAAAUCAACCAUGAUCCAUCAACUGACCAUCUUUCUUAUUUUCAUUAAUUUUUAAUGGAUUUGGAUUUGUCAAAGAGACACAUGUAUAUCUUGACAUAUUUGAACUCUCCCAUCUUACUUGUAAAUGCUUAUGCUAUAUAAUAUUGUUCCAACAAUUUAUGUUAUUGAAAAUGAUCAU